UGUGUGUGAAAUUAAUUAAGAUGAGCUAUGUUGGCGUGGGUGUGAGUCCUGGCAACGUGCCAGUAUACAGCAAUUUGAAGGUGAUUGAGAAAAGAGUGAGGUUUGGUGAAUUAGUAUUGAGGUUUAUGAUCUGUGCUUUCGCCACUGUUUCCGCUCUUCUUGUUGGCACCGACUCCCAAGUUAAGGAGAUCUUCACAAUUAGGAAGGAGGCUAAGUUUACAGACAUGAAAGCCCUUGUUUUUAUGGUGAUAGUUAAUGGGAUAGCUGCAGCCUACUCAGUGGCUCAAGUUGUUAGAUGUGUUUUGAGUGUGGUGAGAGGGAAUGUGCUGCUCAACAAGCCCUUGGCUUGGGCCAUUUUCUCCGGUGACCAAGUGAUGGCUUAUUUGAGUGUGGCUGCGGUGGCGGCAGCUGCAGAGUCGGCGGCGCUGGCAAAGUUAGGGCAAGCGGAGGUGCAAUGGAUGAAAGUUUGCAACAUGUAUGCCAAAUAUUGCAACCAAAUCGGUGAGGGGAUUGCUGCUGCUGUGCUACUCACCAUCUCCACGAUGCUCCUCUCGGCUAUUUCUGCUUUUACUCUCUUCCGUUUGUACGGACAUAAUAAAACAAACAAAUAGGAC